AUGAGAAGACUUGAUGAGAAACAUUCAAAGCAGUUAUUCCUGAAGGAAGCUUGUCCGGUGGAAUAUUCAGAGUACAUGGGGCCUGAUUUGGCAGCAAUUUUGAAGAAAUGCGAUGGUCAACCACUCGCUCUGACUACCGUUGGCCAAUUCAUGGGAAAAAAGAGUUGGCCAACAGGACAUGACUGUGAAGAUGUGUGCAACCAGGUACGGUUUUACCAUCUACAGAGUGGUGACGAUACUUUGGACAGAAUGCAUCAGGUGUUGAUCCAUGACUACACCAGUCUUCCUAGCCAUGCUCUCAAAGCUUGCUUUCUGUAUUUUGCUAUGUUUCCAAGUGAUUAUCCAGUAAGGGCGAAAAGGCUAAAGAGGCAAUGGUUAGCUGAGGGAUUUGUGCGGCCAACAAAUUUAUGCACUGACCUUGCAGCUGAAAAUUUCGAGAAGCUCUUGGACCAGAACAUCAUCGAACCCAUUGAUGUGAGCAACAACACAAUUGUGAAAACAUGCAAAACUUAUGGCAUGAUGCAUGAGUACAUUACGCUCAAGUCUCUCUAUGAAAACUUCAUCACUUUGUUCGAUGGAGGAGAGCUCCAACCUAAAAAUGCCCGUCUUGUUUCUCUCCGUCACAACACUAUUACAGAUGGUGCCACUUUGAACAUCGAUCUCUCGCUUGUCAGAUCUCUUAUAGUAUUUGGGGAGGCAGGUAAAACUAUGUUGAAUUUCAACAAGUACCAACUGCUAAGGGUCUUGGACCAUGAAGACUGUACAGACUUGCAAAAUGAUAAUCUCACAGAAAUAUGCAACCUAUUGCUUCUUAAAUAUCUGAGCCUAGGAGGAAAUGUUACCAUCCUUCCCAAAGAGAUAAAACAAUUGAAACUUUUGGAGACACUCAACCUAAGGAGAACGAAUGUAAAGAUACUUCCAACUGAAGUUAUUCAGCUGCCCCAUAUAAUUCAUCUCUUUGGAAAAUUCAAACUUCCAGAUAAAGCCAUAAAUGAUGAACUGCAGAAAUUUCUUACUUCAGCAAAAUGUAAAGUGCAGACACUAGCAGAAUUUCUUGUAGAUGAAAGUGACGGAUUUGCAGAACUUAUGGGUCAUAUGAAAAAAUUGCAGAAGGUAAAGAUCUGGUGUGAGUCAUCUGCAACUAGUAGUAAAUUGACCACUCUUCAGAAGGCCAUACAGGAGUUCAUUCAUGACGACAAGGAUGCAAGCAAUGAUCCUCGUUCUUUGUCACUCUAUUUGGACGGAUACUCUCAAGACUUUCUGAAAGAAUUGAAAGCUCCCUGCUAUCUCAGGUCGCUGAAAUUACAGGGCAGGUUACUGGAACUCCCUGGGUUUGUCACAGCACUGCGCCGACUCAGGGAGUUAUGCCUUCAGUCAACUAAACUUACAGCUGAUCUUCUCUUAGCUUUGACAAAUUUGAAGCACCUGCAGUACCUGAAGCUGAUUGCUGAUGAACUUGAAGAAAUCACCAUUAAGAACAAGGCAUUGCCAAGGCUGCUCUGCCUAUGUUUUGUGCUGCAGCGUCCAACAUUCUCAAAGAUUGAAGAAGGCGCCUUGCCAUUUCUUGAAUCUCUUCAGCUGCUCUGUAAAGAUAUGGAUGGCCUCUCUGGAAUCCAGAUUAAAGGUUUCACACGACUGAGGGAAGUAACUCUUGAUAUUAGAGCCACCAAUGGUACUAAAGUGAACUGGGUGAGGGUGACUAAGGAACAUCCGAACAAACCAAAAGUUCUUCUGCUCAAAAGGGCUGUACCAACUGAAGUUUGUCUUCGAGGAGCUUCUGCUUCAUUUGGGACAACUGAGAAUGGAAUUGUAAAUUGCUCUGUUCUGUCAGAGGGACAAGUACAGGAAACUGACACCCAAAUGCCACAUGACGAACAAAAUUCUGUUUUCAGUAAUAUAGGACAUCCAGUGGCUUGUGCGGCUGGUUCGUCCAUUGCUGGCAAUGGCACAAUGGCUUCCUAA